UUGGGCCUCUAUGCUGUGACAGAGGAGUUGGGGACAGCAUAUUUGGAGCUGGUGAUGAGUGUGGUCCCCAGUCAUCUCCUUGGGUUAUAACUGGUUCUAUCCUUUAUGAGACCAUGACCCUCUUGGAGACCCAAAUCUCUGAUCACUCCAUUGCAGUGACCCCAGGGUCAUGCUCAGGAGGCAGCUGGCUGCUGCUGUUAUCUUCAGGUGGAAUCCGCAGGAGGGACAUGCUGUGCAUGAAGGUGUUUUUGCAGCCCUGGUUGCCAACAGAAAAAUUCUUUCUGUGGGCCAGACCUUUCGCCAGUGUUCCGGGGUUGCCGUGGAAGUCUCUCCUUGGCUAAGGAGGCUGUACACAACCUCCAGCCAUGCCCCGACAGCCCAUCCUGUCCCAGGAGGAGAAGGAGGCCCGGGCCCGGGAGCGGGACAGGCUGAAGAAGCGGAGGAGGCGGGAGGAUGGGCUGAGGCGCAGCCUGGAGCGGCAGCGCAACGCCCUGGCCAUGCGGCGCCGACGCUGGGAGAAGCGGGAGGCCAGGAGGCGCAUGUGCCAGGAGGCCGAGCUCCAAGGCCUGGCCUGCAGGCUGGGUGGCCAGGCUUGGGAGUGGAGGCAGCAGAGGCGAGAGGAGCAGGCCAAAGCCCUGGACAGAGAGCUGGCCACCAUGGUCCAGCUGCGGCAGGAGGAGGAGAGGCCUGAGCCAAGGCCUUCACUGAUCUGGGGAACUGGAAAUAGCCAGGUGCCUCAGAGUAAAUAUGCAGAGCUGCUGGCCAUCAUUGAGGAGCUGGGGAAAGAGAUCAGACCCACGUAUGCGGGGAGCAAGAGCGCCAUGGAGAGACUAAAACGAGGCAUCAUUCAUGCCCGAAGCCUGGUUCGGGAGUGCUUGGCUGAAACGGAACGGAAUGCCAGAUCCUAGCCCCUGGCCAAUGUGAAGGCCCAUCUCGCCACCCCAUGGAGAUGAGAGGCUUUGUUCAAGAUGGCAGUAGCUUUCCUGCCUUGGUCCUUAAGCUCUGAACCCACAUUCAGAAGAUUGGAAGACAUUUGCAGUUACUGAUGAUGUGCAUUUUAAGUAGUUAGGAACGAUCCAGCUCUUUUUUUUCCAAGCAUUGAUUUGAGAGAUGUUUGUGAAGCCACUUCACAGCAAGCUAUUGUUUGCCCCCAAAUCCCAGUGUCCCCUUUAAUCUCCCUUUGGAUACAUUUGCCAUUUGCGUCACCCCAGUUGACUUCCUGUCCAUGCGCUCACCUGCCUCUGGGGACUCCAGUGCAAACCACCGCGUGUUUGCUUAGUAGCUGGCCCGCCUGUGUGCAGUGUAGACCCUGCUUCACGAGCUUCUCUGCUUACGCGUUUGCAUGACUGAGUGCUUUGAAGUCAGUCUCAAAAGUGCGCAAGUUAUAAAUACAGAAGAAAGAGCAAUCUACCCAGCCUACCAAGCGCCCUGCAAAUGUCCAUCCUGAGACUGUAGAUCUCAGUUCCGUGUUUACUGUGAGACGAUCACAACAUCCGGAAGAAACCGACUGAAACUUGCAUCUUUGUAUUUAUUACUUGAUGUAAUAAAGCUUAUUUUCAUUAA